AGAGGCUAAGGGGGCCUGACCGGGGCUCGGCGCAGGCGCAAUCGGCGCGAGUCCUGCGGGGCACAGGCGUUGUGAGUGCGAGCCGUGGGAGGCAUGGACGACGAGGAGGAGACAUACCGGCUGUGGAAGAUUCGCAAGACCAUUAUGCAGCUGUGCCAUGAUCGAGGCUACUUGGUGACUCAGGAUGAGCUAGACCAGACACUGGAGGAGUUCAAGGCCCAAUUUGGGGACAAGCCCAGUGAAGGGCGGCCACGGCGCACAGACCUCACUGUGCUGGUGGCCCACAACGAUGACCCCACCGACCAGAUGUUUGUAUUUUUCCCAGAGGAGCCCAAGGUGGGAAUCAAGACCAUCAAGGUGUACUGUCAGCGCAUGCAGGAGGAGAACAUCACCCGGGCCCUCAUUGUGGUGCAGCAGGGCAUGACGCCCUCCGCCAAGCAGUCCCUGGUUGACAUGGCCCCCAAGUACAUACUGGAGCAGUUUCUGCAACAGGAGUUGCUCAUCAACAUCACGGAGCACGAGCUGGUCCCAGAGCAUGUCGUCAUGACCAAGGAGGAGGUGACAGAGCUACUGGCCCGGUAUAAACUCCGAGAGAACCAGCUGCCCAGGAUCCAGGCUGGAGACCCUGUGGCUCGCUACUUUGGGAUAAAGCGAGGGCAGGUGGUGAAGAUUAUCCGGCCCAGCGAAACCGCAGGCAGAUACAUCACCUACCGGCUGGUACAGUAGCCUAGCCACCCUACUGCCCAACAGCCCCUGGGAGACAGACAAAUGGACUGUGACCACCCUGCCCUGGGCAGUUGGCAUGCUGGCGACCUGCCCCACGGGAAUCUGCUCAACCCCUGAAACCUACCCCCAGUUCCUCUGGACCCCAAGGCAGGCUGCUUGGCUUCCUUUCGUGGGCUGAGGACCCCCAUGUCCUCACCUGGACACUGAGCCCUGCCUGCGGUCCUGUGUAAUGGUGUCUCAGGAGGGGAAAGGAUCCUGAGGGGAGGCCAGUGAGCCCACCAGCAACCAGGACAGGUUCUUGCUUCCCCCCGGGCAUCCUGAGCGUGUUCCCCACAAAUGGGACAUGGGUCUGAGUCUCUCGUCAGCCGCCACUUCUUUCUGGCUUCCCAUCUCUGUGCCGCCCUCACAGUGGCCCUGUCCCUGUCCAGGAGUCAACUGUGAGCACACUGAGGGCAGCAGGCCAGGAAAUUAAAAUGCAUCUGGAUUUUGAGUUGGUGUUGAAUGCUGGGCGUUUUAAAAUUAAAGAUAAUUUUGAGUAAACAA